GGAGCCUCCAGGGGCUGUUUUAUCGCUGGAGAAGCACUACAGGGACGGCCAGGAUCUGCAGAACAAGAAACAAGAUGGAUGUUAGCAGCAAGGAGGCUCUGAUUGAGGCCCCUCCGGACUACACUCCCGUCCCCAGGAUCCCCUGCCUCUCCCCUCACCUCAAGAGACUCUUGAUCAUCAUGGUGGUGGUUGUGAUCAUAGUCUUGGUUGUGCUGGGUUUCCUCCUGAUGGGACUGCACAUAUCUGAGAAGCACACGGAAACGGUUUUGCGAAUGACUAUCCAGGGCCUGGAUGGGGAAGGGUCCCUGCAGCAGCUCUCCAUGAGUGGGAAAGAAAGGACAGGGACUUUCCACAUCAAGGCAGGGAUCAAUUCUUCAGCCACUAUCGUGUACGACUACCACCACCUGCUGAUCUGCUACAAAUCCUGGCAAGGCCGAGCCUGCUACAUCACCAAAAUGGACAAGGAGAACAUUCAGGGCCUGGAUACCAUUGCCAAGGUGUUCCAGCAUCUCCAGCUCGAACAGGGUGAAGAGAUGGAGGAGGUGGGGUUCCCUGUGCCCCAGGCCAAUCGCUCCAUUCUGGGCACUACAAUUAACAUCCUCUGCAGCAACGUUCCCAUCUACUGGGUCUGUGCUGGCAGCUGUGGGUUCAGGGACAGUGGAAGAAGAGGAGAAAGCUCAAGGCCAACUGUUGGAAUGCCUGCAAGAAAUCAGCUCUUAGAUAAAGAGCAGCUGGGCCCAGGCGAGACCAAAGUGAUGCUGGUCAGAAAGGGGAAACGCUUUGGAGAACUGGUCGAGGCAGUGUCUCCACCUUCCAUUGAAGGCUCCAUUCAUCAGAGAGAUGGGACGUCCAAGUGGCACAGGAGAAGCAGCAAGAUGGAAAUCAGCAUCGAGGAGGCUCUGAUUGAGGACCCGCUGCACUACAAUGCUCUGGAUUCAGAGAUGGACCUCUGCCCCAGCUGCACUGACUGCUGCCCCAGCUGCCCCAGCUGCACUAACUGCUGCCCAGGCUGCCCCAGCUGCAAGUCCUGCUGCAGCUGCUGGAAACGUGUCUUCUGCUGCCUCCCUAAGCUACUCUGCCGUCUGCCCAAGCUCCCUGGCUGCCCGCUGCACAUCAAGAGAAUCCUAAUCAUCGUGGUGGUCAUUGUGCUGAUAGUUGUGGUCGUCCUGGGAGCCCUGCUGCUGGGACUGCACGUGACCCAGGAACACACUGAGUCUGUUUUGCAAAUGACCAUUGAGGGGUUGGAAGGGGAAGAGUCUCAACUGCGGCUCUCCAUGGACUGGGAAGAAGAGGUGGCGACUUUCCACAUUGAUGCAGGAACCCAUGACCCGGGCACGGUGGUGUACGACUACAGUAAUCUGCUGAUCAGCUACAAAUCCUGGCAAGGCCGAGCCUGCUACAUCACCAAGAUGGACAAGGAGAACAUUCAGGGCCUGGAUACCACUGCGAAGGCAUUCCACCAGCAUCUCCAGCUCAAGUCGCUCAUCCCGACACCUGAGCAGGGUGAGGAGGAGGAGGAGGAGGACAAAGAGUUUCCUAUGCCUCUGGCUGAUCGCUCCAUCCUGGGCACUACAAUUAACAUCCUCUGCAGCAACGUUCCUAUCUACUGGGCUUAGCAAGGCCUCAGGGAAGAGCAAUCAAGGAUGGAGCAUCUCCUGCCUGCCAUUGCUUCCGAGGGGGUCCCAGCAGAAUGGGAACACCACGUCCUCAGCCAGACCUCCAGCUGUGGCUUUGCUGACUCUGUACCUGUGGGUGAUUAUGGUGCAGCUGGCUCUGUGCAGAACUCUCUCGCUGGCCCCAGUUCAAGAAAGCACAAUGCACAUGGUUAAGUUCCUCUACCUUCGAGGGGACUCAAGUGGGUGCUUAGAUGCUUUCCUGAAUAGGGCAGCUUUCCAGAAUUGGGGGAACGCAGAUGGAAGAGCUGUGCCAAUGGGAAGAGGAGCCAGAGGGACCCUGCUAUAAAUAACAGCUGUACAUGGGCUGAUCUGUUUGCGUUGGGUGCAGCGGGCAUUUGCUAGGGACACUAUAGAAUGAGAAGAUUGCUUGCCAUUGUGGGUAUUAGACUUCUUUUUAGAGAAUAAAAUCUACAAUCCCUCACCAACCCCUCUUAUUUCUUCUUCUGGGUAAUGAGGUAUUGUGUAUACAUGACCUCACAGCCUAGUGAGCUAGCACAAUGUGGCCAGAGUAAUGACAGCAGGCACAACUCAUCAGACUAAGGGCUUGUCUACAUGGAGUGUUAAUCCAAAAUAGCUAUUCCUGAUUAACUCCAGCUGUGGAUGCUCUUAUUCCAGCAUAAAAGUGCCUUAAUCCAAAUUAGUUUAAUUCACUUUAUGUGCCUUUAGGCAAUUACAAUGCACCUGGCUCUAUAUAGGAGUCACUUUGUGAACUAAAUUAAUUUGGACUUUGUUUAAAACCAUGGUGUCAUGUUGCUCUCCACUGCUAAUUAGUGGAGCUUGUUAGAAAAAAACAAUGGUCAGAAUUUACUGUUUUGUUGAAAUUGGAACAUUCUACAGGACUGUGUCAAUUCUGACAAAAUCCCAACAGAAACCAAGCACGUUUCCAAUGGACCUUUGCCUGCCAGGCAGGAUUCCAUCAGAAACCUGCCUGGCUCCUUGGCAGACCGUCUGGCAGGAUGCGGGGAACCCAGGCUCCCAGCUCCUCAGCUGCCUGCCUGGUGGGCUGAUGGGAAACUGGGAGCCUGGAAGUUGUGGGAACUCCAGCUCCCAGGCUCGUGACUCCUCGCCAGGCAGGGCAGUUAGGGUCUCUGGCUCCAGCACACCCCAUCAGGUUGUAUUACUGCAGAUCUAGGGCUUCAAAGGCUCCCAGGUUCCCCAGCUCUGGGGCAGCCCACCAGGCUGUGUUAGAGCUCGGUGGAGAUCAGUAAUUCCAUUUCACAGAGAAUUUCAAAUAUGUUGGUUAUCAUUCCGAACCAGAAUGAAAUCUGAUUUUGAAAUAGCAAAAUCCUCUGCAAAAUAGAAUUCCCAUUCCCCAACCAGCUCUAUAUUAGCUGUCAUGUUUCACGCCAGAGGUAAAUGUAUUUCAGGAACUGCUAACAAAAAUACUAAUUAAUGCCAAAUUCAAUGACGGCUUCUGUCAUCUGGACACCCAUCCACGAGGAACUGGACUAGGACCUUCUAACUCAUUUCACAAAGGUCACCUGUCAUUUUGAUUUUUUGUCAUCCAAGGGAGAAAAGCAAAAUAUAUUUGAGCCUGGUUGCAAUACAAAUGUAAAUGGCUGUUAUUUACCUUGGACCAAAAAACAUCCUUUAAGAGGCCUUAACAUGGCUUAGAUUGUGCAACAUACAGUAUGCACUGUGAUAAGUGUCUAUUUCCUUCUCCUUGUCAGGCUGUUACCUUGAUCAACAUACCCAGGAAAGGUGCAAAAGUAAAUCAGGGCUGUGGAAGUGAUCCCUUGGGUUAGGUUGGAAGGGAACAGAAGGGAAUUCAGAGGAUUGCCAUUUGGACAGAAUAAGAAAUCAGGUCCUUCUAAUAUCAUGCAAUUUUAAUACUGAAGGCUAGCAUAAUAAGUCAUUCCAUAAAUCCAUUAUUAACUACCAGCAGGACAAAUAAAUUACACUAUCAGCCCAUUAUCUAUAGUUCAAGCUGAAUUCUGCUUGGUAAUAUAACUGCAGAGUAGGUGACCUAAACGACAGGCAUUCCGAGAUAAAUUGAAGGAAUUCAAAGCAGCACCUGUAGCUGUGUAUUCAGCUUGCUGUUUUCUAACCCUAUUUUCCACUUGAAUGUGGAAAAUAGAGUUAGAAAUCUAAAUAUGUCCUCUGUAAACACUAUUUCCCUGCUAUGUAUUGGGAUUAUUAUGAUAUUUUGUAUUAUCACUAAAGGUGCACGCGCGCAUGCACACACCCACACACCUAUAUACUCUAUUUCUUAAGGGGAAUAAAGAACAGAAUUUCCAUGUAACUCUAAUAUGGUCUAAAAUUAAAGGUAUUGGAUUAUGACAUUUUGUCUCUUGUAGAUAUAAUUGUAAAACUGUAAGCUCUUUAUUUCUGUGUACAAUAAAACACAUCCAUACAAUUAAA